UUUUAUUGCCUAUUCUCUGUAGUUGGUGCUGUUGAUCAAAAUUACCAGCAUCUGAUGUCGAUGUAUUCAAAUGCAACAAGUGAACAACAACAGGAAACAAUAGGACAACUCAAUGAAUUGAAGGUGAAAUUAAAAUUAACAUUAAGUCACAUCGCACGUUUAGGGCUCUUUAACGCAUACGCUUCACGUAAACGAGGUUACAUAUCCGCAAUCGAGGAGUUAAUUGAGAGUGGUCAAUUGCCCUCCAACCAGGAAGCAUUUAUGCUCUUUGGUGAUGAAAUGGGAAAGAUGAGCUCAGUCAUAUAUGCACUGAGUGAAAAUGAUGAACAAGAAGUUCUAAAACGCGUAAUGCAAAUAAAUAGAAGCACUUACGACAGACCUGGUGAACAAGACGAAGAAGUUGAAAAUACAUUCGAAAGUGCAACAGGCGAAACGGCAAUACCACCCGGAAUCUCAGAUGUGGAUAUCGUGGUAGACGAUCUUCGAGACGAUCUGCUGGUUCAAGAUGGCCAAGAAAUAACAAACGUUUCCCCGCAACAUCAAAAACAAUCACGCAUCAGAGACCACCAUUACGAUGUUGACGCUGUCCCAGAAGACGGUGACACUGGAGAAGAGAAACCCGAUUUACAAAAAGAACCGUGUAGCCUAUCCGAUGUCGAAGGCCAAUCAUUUUUAUCUGACGAAGAGUUUCGUGAAAACAAGGCAGAUGCAACAACCGGGGAAGAAUAUGAAACAAAUAAUACAGUACAAGUACAAGGUGUGGAAUCAGAUGGAGCUCGAGGUUUUUCAUUCAGCAGUAGAAGAUCCUCUUCAAGUAGCUCUGAUGAUGGCAACGUUGAAUGUCCUGCGUGUACAGAAGUGGAGGAUAGAUCAGAUGUCGUAUGUGGCAUUAGUAUAUCAGCUCUAAACGAGAUACAAAGAGAACCCCAUAACGAUGGUGAUGCUGCUUCAGUAGACGGAAACACUGGAGUAGACAGAUUUGAUUUGAAAGUAGACUCGGGUGGCAAAUGCGACGUCGAAAUCGAAUCCAACUUAAACGACGACAAGCAUGAUGAAGAAAAUACUAUCACUGAAACCAGCGAAGAACAUGAACUUGAUGCCAAAGGACAACUGUUUGAUGUAGAACAUACUGGAUGUUAUUCGUUUAGGAGUCGACUAUCCUCUUCGAGUAGCUCCGAUGAAGAGUGUCUUGCGUGUAUAGACGACAGUUCUAGGGAUGUGUGUAACAUCAGUGUAUCCGAUCUACAGGAAAUACACAAUCUUGAAGGAGUAUACAGAUAUGGUAUGAAAUGCAACGAUUUGAGGUAUACCAUAUUCGUAGAACGUGGUGCAGCCACAUCUGUGAAAACGAAUAUCGAACGGAAUUUUCCAAAGCAUAACUUCAUAUUUGAACCAUCUGACGCAAAACGUGGGCAUAUAGAAUUAGCAGGCAUUCACAAAGUAGGAUCGGCAUCAUCUGGAACCUUGGGUGGCUUAAUAGAUGUA